UAAGGAUGGAAUCAACAUUAUGAGUGACAUCACAGCUCGAGAAGACAUCAUCACAACUGAAGAAGAAGUCAUCACGCAUAGAAAUAACACCAAGGAUGACAUCAAAAUUAAGUGUGACAUCACAACUAAAGACAACGUCACAUCUGACGACUCAACUAGGAAUAAAGUCAGUAAAUCAGAAAUGAUCGCCAGUCUGAAAUCGCUUGCACGACGCAGCGACUCGCUGUUGAUCAGCGAUCUGCUAGCGACUCAGUCGCGCGAUUCUGGGUGGUCAUGCGACCCUUGCCCGCGGCCGCAACGGUGCGUGUGUAGCGACAGUACUGCACUGACAGAAGCAGCCGCGAUAUCUGGCGGACAACUCACCAACUACUUGGUCGACGAUCUCAUCAGGCAUGUCGCUACCUGUGUCAGGUCCGAUGGUCAGGUGUCCCAGUAAACGUUGGAAAUCGGACAACAACCUUAAGACAGCUGUACCGUUGAUGGUACGCUGUUCACAUUCCAUGAUUCACUCGGACUAUUUGCCGACGUUGCGUUUCUUCGGCCAU